CUAUACAUACAAAUAACCCUAGUAUUCUUUCGCAAUCUAGAUUCUGGAACGCUCAAAGCGCCGCCGCUUCUUACUUUCUCUAUCAAUUAGCGACCACCGUCAACGGCUUAAGACGUUGCCAAACCCUAGCUUUGACGCUGCCGUCAGUUUCGGGCGCCCGAGGACGAUCACGUGGCCUGCUCUAGUCCUGUUCAAAAAGCUUUGCUUGAGGAGCUUGUGCUAAGUAGUGAAAGAGUUUAAGGGAAGUUUUGUUUAUCAGAUGGGUAAGAAAACAAUUGGGAAGAAAGGUGAUGAAAGGAAGAAAUAUGAGGAUGAUGUAAGUGAUACGGAAAAUGAAUUGUGUUUUAAUGUGGAGGAUGGUGUUGAAGAUAAAGGGAAGAAGAGAAAGAGGAGACGGGAGAUUGGCGGUGAUGAUGUUGAAUUAAAUGCUGGUGAAAGUGGUAUUGUAUUGAAGGAUGGUGUUGAUGAGGAUAAGAAGAAAAAGGAGAAGAAGGGACAUGAGGUUGGUGUUGAUGAGGAUAAGAAGAAAAAGAAGAAGGAGAAGGAGAAUAAGGGACAUGAGGUUGGUGUUGAUGUUGAAUUAAGUAGAAGUCGAAUACAAGGUCUUAAAGAAGGUGAUGUGAAGGAUAAAAGAAAGAAGGAGAAUAUUGAGGUGAUGGAAAGUGGCGGUAAUGAUGCUGGAUUUGUUGAUAAUCAAAGUGAGGCUGUAACGGAUAGUGAUGUGCAUAGAGAUAAGAAGAAGAAGAAGAAGAAAAGCAAGAGGAUGGAUGAAGUUAGUGUUAUUGAUUUUGAAUUAGGUACUACUCAAAGUGAGGCUGUAAUUGAGGGUGAUAUUGAUAGGAAUUGUAUUGAAACUGAAAAGGAUAAGAAGACGAAGAAAAGAAAAAUUGAAGAGGUUGUUGAGGGGCAGAUGAAUAAAGAAGAGCAAGACUCUACUAAAACAAAGACAGGGGAAGGAAGUGAUCAAAGGAAGAAUAAAAAGCAACAUAAGAGGGAAAAGGAGGGUGGAAAUGCCAUUUUAAUGAAUGGAGUAACUGAUGGAGAAGACAAAAGUGAAAGGGAGCAAUUGCAUGGAAAUAUUGUGGAAAAGGUCGAGAUUUUAAGGAAAGAGAAGAAGAGAAAAAGUAAGAAACAUGUUAAUGCAGUGGAUAAUUUAAAGAGUGAAGUUAUUGAAAAAAAUAUUAGAGACAAUGAAUGUAAUGAUUCAAGUGUUAGAAAUAUAGAAGGGCAUGUGAUUGUGGAAGAAGAUAGCAACAAAGAAAAGAAGAAGAAGGCCAAGUCAGUGAAAGAUCAUUCAAAGGGAGGUAGCAAAAAAGUGCCAAGAACCAAAAAAGGUGCACAUUCUGAAAAUUCUUCACAGAAAGGGAGCUCUAAGAAAGUGAGCUUUUCUGAUCACGUGGAGGUUUUUACUCUAUCUGAUGCCAAAACUUCUGAGGAUGGCUUAGUUCGUGGUAAGCGGUUCUCUCGAGAAGAAGAUGAAAUUAUUGAAAAGGCUGUUAGUAACUACAUAGAGGCUCAUAGAUUGGGUGAAGAAGGUCUGAACAUGGUUUUGCAUUGUAGAUCUCACCCAGAAGUUAAAAAUUGUUGGAAGGAAAUUGGAGCUGCCUUACCUCAUAGGCCUCUUCUGAGUGUAUAUUAUCGAGCUCAUAUAAUAUUUGAAAGAGAUCAAAACCGUAAAUGGACCCCUGAAGAGUUGGAAUUGGUCCGAAAUUUCCAUAAAAAACAUGGCUCUGAUUGGAAAAAGUUGGCUGAUGCACUUGGCAAGCAUAGGCUUCAUGUAAAGGAUGCAUGGCGGAGAGUAAAAUUGGCCAAUAUGAGCAAAGGACAAUGGUCCCAAGAGGAGUACCAGAAAUUAUUUGACUUUGUGAAUAUGGAUUUGCGUAUGAAGGCUUCAGAAGAAAAGAAAUCCAAGUAUGGAAUGUUGCGAGAUAAUAUCGCGUGGGAGGCAAUCAGUGACAAGCUGGAAACUAGAACAAGUCCAAUUUGCUGCAUGAAAUGGUAUAAUCAGUUAACUUCGCCAUUGGUUUCUGAAGGGAAAUGGCGUGAUACUGAUGACUACUACAUGGUGAUGGCUCUCUCCAACUUGGAUGCUGCUUGUAUGGAGGAUGUCGACUGGGACAAUCUCCUCGAGGGCAGGUCUGGAGUUAUUUGUCGAAAGCGAUGGAACCAAAUGGUCAAACACUUAGGUCCAGAUAGAAACAAACCAUUCUCCGAGCAAGUUGAAAUUCUUUCAACAAGAUAUUGCCCAGAUGUAGUUGAAGCUAGAGAGGCCUAUAAUGGCAACCCAGUAGCUGAUUGAUCAAGAUGCUGAUUGCAGAAUGGUAUUUUCUUACCACUAAUCAAGACUUGUUGCUGAAUUACAAUUAAGAGCAAUGCCUGAGAUGGUAAAUUUUUGUAGGUUUUACUUUCCAGAAGAGACAUAUAUGUUAUGGGCUUGUAUUUGUAUUAUUACUAAUUGAAGGUGUAUCAAUGAUUAUUUUCUGUUGUUGUUUACUGUUUCAA